AUGGCCUCAGAAAUCAACAUGCCAGGCCCAGUGUGCCUCAUCGAGAACUCUGAUCAGCAGUUGGCAGCCAACCAGGAAGCACUGGACAUCCUGUCUGCUAUCAAGCAGCCUGUAGUGGUGGUAGCUAUCGUUGGCCUUUACCGUACAGGAAAAUCCUACCUGAUGAACAAACUGGCUGGAAAGCAGGAAGGCUUCUCUCUGGGCUCCACAAUGCAGUCUCACACCAAGGGAAUUUGGAUGUGGUGUGUGCCUCAUCCCCAGCAACCAGGACAUACUCUAGUUCUGCUCGAUACUGAGGGCCUGGGAGACAUAGAGAAGGGAGACAACCAGAAUGACUGCUGGAUCUUUGCCUUGGCGGUCCUCCUCAGCAGCACCUUCAUCUACAACAGCAUAGGAACCAUCAACCAGCAGGCCAUGGACCAACUGCACUAUGUGACAGAGCUGACUGAUCUAAUCAAAUCAAAGUCAUCACCUGAACAAAGUGACAUAGAUGACUCAGCCAACUUUGUGGGCUUCUUUCCAAACUUUGUGUGGACUCUGAGGGAUUUCUCUCUGGAACUGGAAGCUAAUGGAAAGUCUAUCACUCCUGAUGAGUACCUGGAGAAGUCACUGACUCUGAGUAAAGUGACGAAUGAGAAAACUGAAAGCUUUAAUAAGCCUCGACUAUGCAUCAGGAAGUUCUUUCCAAAGAGGAAGUGCUUCGUCUUCGACAGGCCUGCUGGGAGAAAGCAACUUUCUAAACUAGAGACAAUUCCAGAGACAGAGUUGAGUGCAGAAUUUGUAGAACAAGUUGAAGAAUUCACUUCAUACAUCUUCAGCUCUUCUGAUGUCAAGACCCUGUCUGGUGGCAUCAAAGUCAAUGGGCCACGUCUACAGAGCCUGGUGCUAACCUAUGUCAAUGCCAUCCAAAGUGGAGGACUACCCUGCAUGGAGGAUGCUGUUUUGACUUUGGCCCAGAUAGAGAACUCAGCUGCAGUGCAAAAGGCCAUUGAGCACUAUGAAGAACAAAUGAACCUGAAGGUCCAGCUACCCACGGAAACCCUCCAGGAGCUGCUGGACCUAAACAGGCCUAUUGAGAGAGAGGCCAUUGAAAUCUUCAUGAAGUAUUCUUUCAAGGAUGUAGACCAAAAGUUUCAGAAGGAAUUAGGGGCCCUGCUGGAUGCCAAGCGAGAGUCCUUUAUUAAUAAGAACAUGGAUGUGUCAUCAGCUCGUUGUUCAGAUUUGCUGCGGGAUAUCUUUGGACCUCUUGAAGAAGAAGUGAAACAGGGGACUUUUCAUAAACCAGGAGGUUACUCCCUCUUUCUUCAAAGGAAACAAGAGUUGGAGAAAAAGUAUGACGAGACUCCUGGAAAGGGGCUUCAGGCUGAAGAGAUGCUGAAAAAGUACUUUAAGUCCAAGGAGGAUGUUGGUGAUACACUUCUAAUGAUGGAUCAGUCACUCACAGAAAAGGAAAAGGAGAUUGAAGUGGAACGUAUAAAGGCUAAAGCUUUUGAGACUACAAAUAGAGAACUAAGAGAAAUGCAAAUGAGGCACGCACGGAUGAUGGAAGAGAAGGAAAAGAGUUACCAGGAGAGUAAGCGUGAGAAGCAGCUGACUGAGAAGAUGGAACAGGAGCGGAAAGAGUUAAUGGCUGAGCAAGAUAGAAUUGUUUCCCUUAAACUUAAGGAACAGGAAAAGCUCAUUGAAGGAUUUCAGAAUGAAAGCAGAAAACUUCAUCAAGAGAUUGAGAAAAUCAAGAGCAUAUACACCAUGACUCCUAGCCUUAAUUCCCUGAGACAAAAGAACAUGCUGGACAUGAUCUCAGAUAUCCACAUGCUGAAACCCAUGUGUCUCACUGAGAACACUGAGAUGCAGCUUGUGAUCAAUCAGGAGGCUCUGGGUUAUCUGUCUGCUAUCAAGGAUCCAGUGGUGGUGGUGACCAUUGUGGGCCUCUAUUGCACAGGAAAUACCUACUUGAUGAACAAGUUGGUUGAGAAGGAAAGAAGUUGGUGCCACAAACACAAUUAUGCUUAG